CAACACAAUUUUGUAUUUUUAAUAAUGGAAUACCAUAUUUUCCUUACUCUCAUCAUUUUAAUAAUUUUCUCCUAGUCGCUAAUGUGUACGAAGUAAAUGCAUCAACGAUUAAACUCAAAGCUACUUUCUUUGCGAUGGCUUUGGAUGGACAAGCAGAGAUACUUGAUCGUGACUUGAAUAAUAUUUUAUGGCAAAAAUCAAAUCUAAAGUUUAUCAGCGCUCAAUCUGAAUGCUUAAUAUUUAGCACUUCAGUGCCAUUUUUCAUAUAUUGCAUAUCACUCGAAAUUUCUAACAUGUUGAGGCUUUGGGAAAAUAUUGAUAAUAGUCAAGGCACAUGUUACCAAGUUGAUGGCAAUCAAACUAACAGGCAAUUAUCCUUUAUUGAUUGUGGACAAAUUCCUUCAAACAUAACACUUUGCGACUUGUGA